AUAUCACUUGUGAUGUCUGCUGCUGCUAAUGACCUCUGUUUGGCGGCCUUAUCUUUCCGGAAAAGAUAUGGUCGAAGCUAGGAUAUUUCACAUGCACUUACACACUGCUUUUUCUAUACGAUUUUUUACCGCAGAAUGCCUUAUUCUUUGGUCGUGUCCUGUCGUGAUCGUUCAUAUACAAUUUUUUUUACCGCAACUCUGAGGAAGCCAGUUCUUGCUUCUAUCAUCAAGGCCGGGGCACAGGGGAAAGGUUUCGACAAAAGACCAUUAGCCUUCAACAACUAGGAAGAACUUUAUCAUCACUUUGAUUUUAAAGCGCUAUUGCAAAAGAUUUUGAUUCAGGGUCGUGCGCGCAAGCGCAGCGCGCAGCUUAUUUUAUUUUUGUGCAGUCCAUUCUACAACAACGUUAGAUGACACAUCAGUAGGCUACACUGCUGAUAAAUUUCAGCCAGGAACAAAUAGUGCCGCCGACGUUCGUCUUCUCGCUAGAACUUAUGCGCCACUAUCUUUUUGACCACUGCCGCUAGCCACGCUUUGAUACGCACUGGGCCGACGACCAUCUGGGUAUGCCAUGUUGUGCUGGAUCUACAGUUCCCGCAGGUGGCGCGGUGCUUGGUCGACCUCGAUCCUGUUCGCGUCAAGUAGUACAAGUCCUGGUAUUCCUUCG